ACAAAGUUGACCUAUUAUGAUUAUUCUAAACAAUAAAAUUCCAUACAUACAUACUAAACUAAAUCUAUUUUAAACAUAAACUAAAUUGAUCAAUUUCUUUUCUAAGUCAUAUGGAGAUGAAGUCUUCCAUCACCGACACAUGGAGGCUCUUCGGGCUUGGAAGCUUAGUUGGCUGGCUUAUUCUUCUUCUUUUCAUGCAACAAAACAACUAUAAUAUGAAUCUUUUAGCUAUUAGAAAUAUUAUAGGGCCUUUUAAUAUAAGUAUUAGUUCAAUAGACGUACCAAAUUUUAGGGGAAAACAAUUACACAUUGAGAAGAAAUGUAAUAUAUUUGAUGGAAGAUGGGUGUAUAAGCCGGAAGAAAGUCCGACCUAUGAUCCGCUCAAAUGUCCGUUUGUUGAGGAGAAGAUGAGCUGCAAGAAGAAUGGAAGGCCAGAUCUUGCUUACGAGCAUUGGAAAUGGGAGGCUAGAGAUUGUUCGAUACCAUUGCUUAACGGAACGGAUAUGGUGGAAAGGUUGAGGAACAAGAGGGUGAUCUUAGUAGGAGAUUCACUAAAUAGAAAUAUGUGGGAGUCUCUCGCUUGCACCCUCUACUCCUCAAUUCCUUUGACUCGAGCUGUUGUAAAAGACAAUAGCAGCAUUCCAGUGAUUACCUUAACAGCAAAGGAUUACAACUUCACAGUUGAGUUUUAUUGGAGCCCAUUUCUAGUUGACUUCAACCUAAACCAUAAAAGCGGGAAAAAAGUUCUAGUCCUCGAUAAACUUUCACCCAACUCAAAACAUUGGCCAGGGGCUGAUAUCAUGGUAUUCAACUCAGGUCAUUGGUGGGCUCAAACUGGAACUUACAAAAGGUAUGAGUUGCUUGAAUACGAUGGAAAAUUAAUCGAAGACAUGGAACUAGAGUUAGCUUAUGAAAAAGGCAUGAGAACAUGGCAAACAUGGGUUGAAGAAAAUGUGGAUCCAAAGAAAACAACUGUGUUUUUCAGGAGUAUUUCAACCGAACAUAAAUCGUCGAAAUCAGAUCAAUGGUGUUACAAGAAAACUCAACCUAUAAAGGAUGAAUCAUACAUAUCAUACUACCCAAAUUCUUUGGUUGAAAUUACAGAGAAGGUUAUAAAAGAGAAGAGAAAAACACAAGUGAAAUAUUUGAACAUUACAAAAUUAUCUGAGUACAGAAUAGAUGCACAUCCAUCAAUGUAUAGGUAUAAAGAUUGGAAGAAUCUUACAAAAGUAUAUAAGGAUGUUCUUUCAGCUCAUGCUGAUUGUAGUCAUUGGUGCCUUCCCGGAGUUCCAGAUACAUGGAAUAGGUUAUUGUAUGCUUCUCUUUUCUAUGAUCUAUAAUAUAGUAUUUUUAUAGAUAUAUAUGCUUAGCUAUUAGCAUUCCUUAAUCUUGUUUUUUUUGGUUAACAUUUAAUUAUCUAUUUAUUUUGUC